AUGUUCAAGGCACAAGUGCUGCGCCGGGGCUUCUCAGUCUUCAACCGAGUGCCGACCUCGAGAAUAGUCCAGUCCGCCGCGCGCCAUGGCCACGAGACCAUAACGAUACACCGCGUGCGCAUACGAAAGCCCUUCCUCAGCAGACAGCGACUCGUCGGCGCAGUGGCUAUUGCAGCAGCCGCCUAUGGACUUGGGCAGUACCUCGGCCUUGAGGUGGAGAUAGAGGAGGCAGAAGUGGAGGAGAGGCGAAAGCCAGGACGCUGGAAGAAGCAAGAUGAAGGCGAAGAAGGCGAAGAAGACGAGGACGAGGAAGAGUACGACGACGCUAUUCUGUUCUUGCCCACAGGGUUUUCGAGGCUCAAGCCCAAGACGUUCUACAGAGGUUCGGAUCCAGAGUGGCAGGAGUUCAAGAAAGUCACUCAAGACAAAGCGAGGAUCGAAAGGAUACGGCGAGAGCUUGUGACCAUGGUACGCACUUCGCCGGGAUUAAAAGAAAAGCUUGGAGAGAUCGACCACAAGAGGGGGCGAGCCUGGAUAGAGUUCAGGUUUCCAGAAGGCCCGCCCCCUGAGUACGAACGCCCCGGCUACGAAUUGACAGAAGACCUGGAGUGGCGCAAGACCACACGAGAUGUCGAGCCGAUGCACCACCACAGACUCAAAAAACUUUUAUAUCCCACCGCUGCCGCUGGCGCAGUGUACGAGGACACAAAGAAGAAGGCGGUGCGGUCUUGGAACGAGUUUGAGGUUUACAUGGGGUGGGCAGAGAAGACCACGGUGCCUACAGUCCAGCAAACGAUACAGCAAGUCGGCAACACCACGCCACCUCCAAGCCCUGCUACACCUCCAGGAACUGCAGCUCCUGCGUCUCCAUUUGGCGCUGCACUGCCUGGAGCUACACAGCAACCUGCAGGCCAGCCGUCUCCACCCGCAGCUGGCACGGGUAAGGACCUUGCGAGCAUUACACUCCCCGACGCCAAAGCGCUCACCCUUGACCUUGGACAAUUCCGAAAAGAGUUCCACAAAGCCAACCACAAAGGUGUCCAACAUCACAUCCCGCGUGGUGCUUUCGGGGUAUUCGCCUUGAUCGAAGUGUGCGGCAGCAAAGCGCGCCUGACAAUGAACGUCUUGGGUAUAUACGAUCCAAAGGUCGGGCGGUAUGUUGCAAUGAACGCGAACGUCUGGAAUCAAGUGGCAAAUCGACAGUCGCCGAGGGGAGGUCCGUGA